UAUAGCUCCGCCCAAAUGCCAUCUCCUACAGGACCGCAUACUGCAUUCAGCUUUGGGUUGAGAACUCUGUUAGAGACCUUACCUGAUGGCCUAUCCAGAAUUCCUACCGAACGAUGUGCUAUGGUGAUGUUAAGAAUUAACAUGUUAUGUAGCUAGCAGUAUGAUAACGUUUAGCUUGCAUGCCAGAAGAUCAGGAAAUCUGGAUUCAGGCAAAGUAGGAAAUACCCUGUUGAUGAUGGGGUACGAUUACUCCUUACUUUUCUUCUGACUUUUAGAGCAACAACAAUGCAAUUUAAGUGCAGGUCGUCCUGGUCACUUUGCCGCCAGUCGCGAAGCCUCGCGACGCAAUUCGCGACAAUGCUGGCAAGGACCGUUGGCACCCGGGUAGUUUCUUACCACGAGGCACAACACAAACCCCUUUCGCUGGGAGCUCCCGUAUCCACUCCCAUUAACCUGCCUGGUUACAUGCGUCAUCCCUGCAUUACGUCGGCUACCGCGACUUCGGCCUCCCGCCUCAAAGCCGUCCCAAACCAUCCUCAGCAGAGCAGCAGCAACGACAACAGCGAUGGCCUUUACUGCACCAACAGUCGCCGCACUCGAAGGCGCUUAGUGGACGAUGGCGACAUUGUCCUCAGCACCAAAAGCAGUCGAUGCAGUAGAAGCAGCCGCAAAACUGUCACGCACGGAGUUAUCAAAAGCCAUGCUCGUCCUGGCAGGAAGCCCUCUGGUAAACGCAGCGAGGAGGAGCUCGUGUGCAUGCUCAAAAGCGAGCUGGGCCUGCCCCCCGACUCCCCAUGGCGCCCCGACAGCCAUUCCCUGCCCAGGCUCCUGCAGCGCCCCGCACACCUGGUCGCCGCCGAGCUGCGCGCCCUGCUGGCAGCCUUCCCGCACCCAACCCACCGCGAGCUGAUCCAGCGUGCCGUACGGCGGAGGGCGUACGGCGUCCUCGGUCGCAAGGGCGGGGCGGACUCGGUGGUGGCCAAGGUGGCGGAGUUGGGGAAACUGCUGGGGCUGCCGCGGAAGCCUGCUGCAGCGGCGGCGGCAGCGGCGGCGGCGGCGAAGGGAGGAGCUUUGUCGUACAGUGACGGUCUCGGCGAUAGCGGUGAUGGAGAGGAUAAUGAUGGCAGCAGCGAUGGGGUCGGGCCUGGAGGGCCGCAACGGCGGGGGGCUCGGCGGCGGGGACGGUUUGCGGAGGCGAAGGGGACUGCGAAUGGCGGGGCGCAAGGUGGGGCGACAGCCGCAGCAGGCGGGGAGGGGAGGAAGGAGAAGGAGGAGCAGCAGCGGAAAGAAAAAGAGGAGGAUGAGCUGCGGUGGAGGAUAACGACGGCUGUGUUGGAGUGUGUGGUGAGGGAGCCGGGGCUGUUGCGGCGGCGCAAGGAUGCAAUCGUGGCCAACAUCGAGGCACUGGACUCCAUGCUGGGCAGGGGUCGCUCCUUCACAUUAGAGCUGGUGCACCACGCGCCUCAACUCAUUGCUACCUACUCGCCAGCCACACUGGGACUCAAGAUCAUGACUCUCCUGAACGCAUCGGCAUUAGUAAAGGAGUGGGAGGUGGAGCUGGAGCAGGCCUCCUCCUCGACGCUGGGGGUCAUGCUGGGCCGGGGCAUGGGGGUGCUGGCGCGGCUGCAGUACCUGGCGGAGACGGGGCAGGCGACCCGUCGCAUGCUUGCGGUGGUGCGGUACAACCAUACGUCCUUCCAGGCCGAGCACCCGGGCUUCGAGCGCUGGCUGCAGGAAAACCGGCAGCGUCUGGAGCCGGAGCCAGGGCAGGAGGAGGAGGAGGCGCACGGAGAGGGGCAGGAGGAGGAGUAAUGACGAGCAUGCAGGUUGUUGGGCAUGCCUAAAGGGGUAUCCUUCAAACGUUUCAUUUCUGCUUUCGUCCAGCCGCUGGGGACGCACGGAAGCGCGCUGGUAGCGGCAGUGGCAAUGGCUGGAUUGAACAGCAGGAGCAGCAGGACGCGUAAGCAGGAGCAGGCUUUUCCGCGUCCUUUCCCGGCUACCGGUAUUCCGUACUCGGGGCCUGGAUUACAUAGAGGGAUUGCGCGAAAAGAUUUGUCCACGGGGCUUGAAUUCCACUUAUAGUGAGAUACUUCUACAGCAGCAACACUGUUUGUACCAUUUAUGCUGUAACAUAUUUGUUCGAAUUUAACGCCGUUGCUUAUGCGUUGACCGUAUCUUGCGCCAUCUUACAUAAGAUAUAAUUCAGUCUAUUCGGGCAUCCAAUUUAUGCUAGCAUGACAUAUCUGUCGGCAUUUCGCCUAACUGCCGAAACGUUUCUUUGCAAUAUAGCAUAGCGUAAUACUUGACCAGCAUUGACCAGGCGUUCUCGUUGGCUACGUUGCCUUAUUCAGUCAAUCUUAAGCCGAGCAGAGUAUGACGAAGGACAAGCCGCUAAGGCGACUCCCAAACUGCAUUACUCCAAUGCCCUCUGUGGCAGCACCACGGUCGCCACCUCGACGGCCGCAAGUUUGCCAACCCCGCACGGGGCAACUUGUUCCCGGGAGGCAAGGGCAAAGAGUGAAACGUCCUAAGCGCGAACAAAAGGAUUUGGACUCCGACGGUCCAUCAACAUCCGGACGGGGUCAUGAGCCCCAAACCGAUCGGGCUUGGCAAGCCAGGGUACAGACCGCAGAGACGGUCCUGCACUUCCACCCAGGUCAGCCAGGCACCAGUCAGUUGGCUCCCACGGUACCGCAUGACGGCCCGGCAUCUGGAGGCACCAGCAGAGCUGCCGGCAGCGGCCUGGGAGGGGAGCCACUCUUUCAGCGCCCACCUCUCAACACCCUCAGAGCCGCUGCUGAUGCCCCCUCCUGCACAUUGGAGUCUUCCCUCCAGCAACCGCCACCCAUUAGAUGCAUGACAUCCGCCGCCAGUAGCAGCCAACAUGCUGGCCUGCAACCCAGCAGCGACCCCGCUUCCAGCACCGCCCACAUCGUGCCGGGUGUCCCCUCUACCCACCUGCACACCACCCGCCAGCAACUGCCCUCCUGGGGUGGCGUCGGCAGCCACACCGGCCAGCAACUCGUCCAUGCACCGCCUCCCAACCCUGCCAUCCCCUCCAUAUAUACCCAAUCUGCCCCACGGCACCCCACUUCCUGCGUGGAGGCAGCCGCGCAUGGCGGCGCCUUGCGUACACAGACUUCUGGGUCGGCAUCCCUAAUACCUGCAAUGUUCGCGCAUGGCGAGGCCCCCGGGGACGCGUGCACGCAACCGCAGUUGAGCCUUCAGCAGCGACAGAACUUGGCAUCGCCAUCGGGAUUGACACGCUUGAUGGCUGCUUACGCAUCCCCCUCCCCUCCCAACAACGCGCGGGACGCUGCAGACCAGCAGCAACAGCAGCGGUCGUCUUCACCAGUGGCGCUCGAUGGUCCAUUGCCCCCGCCCGCAAGCAGCAUGGCAUAUCGGUACGAUCUCUACACGUCACCCCGGUCUGAUGGCUACUUUGGAUUACGCAGUGCCGGUGCACCUGCAGCUGGGCUGGUGCAUGAGGUUCCCCCAGCACCGCAACCUCCGGGGCAAGUUUUGGGUGGCAGUGGCAGUGCGGCUUCUGCUUGUGAGCAUGCUGGCCUCGCAGGCAUGCAGCAGUCCCCACUCCAGGGGCAAAUAAGGGCCGGCAGUGCAGGCGGCGGCUGCAGUGUGGCUUCUGGCAGGGUGCGCUUUGGGCCCACAGACACGGAGCAGGUGCCUCAAGGGCAAGGCAGUGGCGGUGCAGUUUCGGUGCAGGCAGGGGUGCAAGCGGCAGGCACAUCGCUCCGCUCCCAUGGGCGAGGCAUGGGCAUGGGCGGCCGUGGAGCUUCAGGGGGGCCGCGCGCAGCGGCACGAUGCCGGUCCAAUGGGCUAGCGAAGGGAGGCGGCCGUGGCCAUGGCAUAGCCAAGAAGCCGCACUCACCCCACGGCCGUGGCGUGCUUGACAUGCCGCACUCACCCAGGAAGUUCUGGCAGUUGCCGUUCCUCAAGCGCAAGGCAAAGUUGACACUCACGGCAGGGUCCGACACGCAGAAGAUCAUGCUGGAGGUGCCGGAGAUGAUGUCGAAGGUGGACCCUGGUGGCCUUAUGGGUCGCGUCGCCCGGAAGAUGGUGCAGACGGUUCGCAACAAGGAUGCCAGCCGCCGGAUUGACAACAUCAAGGACGCGGUCAGCGUGCUAACGACCCUUUGCCCCUCGGCUGACGGCAUGUUCUUUGCUCAGACGGGCAAGUCGGGCCGCCGCCACCUACACGCAACCGGGCAGCUGUUUGAUGCAUUCACUGCCGAUGACGUGAACCGGUUGCAGGCCAUCGUCUGUGCGAUUGCCAACACCAGCCACCGCGAUAAGCUGCUGACCGCCAUGGAGAGGGUGGUCCACCGCGUUGAUGGUGGCGAAGUGUCUCUGA